AUGCCUCACAUUGAAUCUCCUUCUACCCACGCUAUGCCGACCAUCGUCGCUAAGAACCCCUCCGGGGUUCCCCCCACCCAGGAAGAGAUUUCUUCGCUUAUGAACUCCAUCUUCAACGUUGAGUCUUCUCAACAGUCUCUGGAUAACUCAUAUGCAUUGGCCAACCUGCUCAUGCAGAGUGGAGUUGCUGGUCUGCUCAACUCAAAUGUCCUGGCCGAAACAAAGAAGGCUGCGACCGAUAAGAAAAAUGGUGCUCGUCGCGAAAGUGCCAUGUUGAUCAUCGGCGCUCUGUUCGAACGCUACCCACGUGAUUUCCCCCUCAGUGAGGUCGUGUUCCUCCUGCAAAAUGGUGGUAUCUUCGAUGUUGUUCUGGAUACUCUGGCUGAUAAGGGCACUGUUGUGCGCGACGCCGCUCAAUAUGCCGUCGAUGCGCUCUUCGGAGCACUCAGCCCCGAGGCAAAGGUUAACGCCUUGCUGCCUGCUUUGGAACAAUAUCUCGGAAAGGGCUCAGGAAAAUGGCAAGGUUUUGCUGGCGCCUUCAAGCUGCUUGAGAAGAUGGCCGUCGCGGCCCAGAUCGGUGCUGGCACUCUCGAGGAGGAGCGCGAGAAGGAUGUUCUCCGUGAGGCUAUGGGCAAGACUCUCAAAGAGCUGAUCCCCGUUUGCGAGUCUGGUAUGCACGACUUGAAGAGUGAAGUGUCCAAGCAAGCCAGCAAGGCCAUGAAUGCCCUCACUACCCUGCUCUCCAACGACGAUGUUGCCCCCCGUAUUCCCCUCCUCAUCAAGAGUAUUGAGCAACCCUCGGCUCAGUCCCUGCAGAAGGCCAUCCACGCCCUCUCCCAGACUACCUUUGUCGCCAUUGUCACAUCGCCCGUCCUGGCCCUUCUGACCCCUCUGCUCGAGCGGUCUCUCAACACCCCCAACACCCCCCAAGAAACCCUUCGUCAGACCGUUGUCGUCGUGGAGAACUUGACUAAGCUGGUCCACGAUCCCGCCGAGGCCCGUACUUUCCUUCCCAAGCUCCAGCCUGGUGUAAAGGGUGUCAAGGACCGUGCCUCUCUCCCGGAAGUCCGUGAAUUGGCAACCCGCGCCCUGGACGUCAUGGACAAGGCUAUGCUUGAUAAGGAUGUUGCCUCUGGCUCUAUCACCAAGACCACCCCCGAGGAUGUAUUGGCUGUGCUUAAUGCGAAGAUCCAGGAGCAGGGUGGCCUUACCUCCGGCGAUGCCGCUUUCCAGGAUUUGGCUAAGACUUUCAUCGCCAGCAUGGUCCGUGAGGACGUCAACUGCCGUUACCACGACCGCAUUCCUGCUUCCAUCUCUCCCUACUUGCGAGGCCUGAUUGGCGAGGAGCAGAUUGAAGCCAUUGCCACUGGCGUCAAGGCGCACUUCGUCGAAGACGAUGAGCGCAAGUACGGCAAGCCCGUCCCAGAUGACCCCAAUGAGGUCGAAAUUGUCAAUGCAAACUUCUCUCUUGCCUACGGUGGUAUGCUUCUGCUGUCGCACACUAACCUGCGUCUGCUGAAGGGUCACCGAUACGGUCUCUGUGGCCGUAACGGUGCUGGAAAGUCCACCCUGAUGCGCAGUAUCUCCAAUGAAAAGCUCGAGGGAUUUCCUUCUCAGGACGUUGUCCGUACUUGCUUCGUGGAGCACAACCAAGGCGAGGACGCCGAGCUCAGCAUCUAUGACUACGUUGCCAAGGAUCCCAAGAUCGCCGCCGAAGGAAAGGAUCACAUCAGCAGCGUUCUCAUUGAAUUCGGCUUCACUGAUGGCCCAGAGGGUCGUCAGGCCCAGCCUGUUGGAUCGCUGUCUGGUGGUUGGAAGAUGAAGCUGGCUCUGGCCCGUGCUAUGCUCCAGAAGGCUGAUGUUCUACUUCUGGACGAACCUACUAACCAUCUUGAUGUUGCCAACGUUAAGUGGCUGCAGGAGUACCUGAAGUCGCACACUGACAUCACUAGUUUGAUCGUCAGUCACGACUCUGGUUUCCUGGACGCCGUCUGCACUGAUAUCUACCACUACGAGAGCAAGAAGCUCGUCUGCUACCCCGGAAACCUUGCCGAUUUCGUCAAGGUGAACCCCGAGGGCAAGAGCUACUACACUCUGUCUGCUUCCACCGUGCAGUUCAAAUUCCCUCCCCCUGGUAUCUUAUCUGGUAUCAAGUCGAUGACUCGCUCCAUCAUGCGUAUGAGCAACGUCUCCUUCCAAUACCCCGGUGCUCCCAAGCCCUCCCUGUCCGAUGCUUCCCUCUCUCUCACCUCUUUCUUCCCGUUCAUCCCUCAAACCGGAAAGGUUGAGAAGCACCCCAACCUGCGUAUUGGAUACAUCAAGCAGCACGCCCUCGAGCACGUGGAGAUGCAUCUCGAGAAGACCCCCAACCAGUACCUCCAGUGGCGUUACGCCAACGGUGAUGACCGUGAAGUGUUCCUGAAGCAGACCCGUCAGCUGACUGAGGAGGACAAGGCUCAGCUGGAGAAGCCCGUUGAUCUCGGCGAUGGCCGUGGACCCCGCCGCAUCGAGGCUCUGAUGGGUCGUCAGAAGUGGAAGAAGUCCUUCCAGUAUGAAGUGAAGUGGAUUGGUCUCCUUCCCAAGAACAACACGAUGAUCUCUCGUGAGACCCUGCUUGAGCUUGGAUUCUUCAAGAUGAUCCAGGAGUUCGACGAUCACGAGGCUUCCCGUGAAGGUCUGGGCUUCCGUGUUCUUGACCCCAAGACCAUCUCCAAGCACUUCGAGGAUGUCGGUCUCGACCCCGAGAUUGCUAACCACAACGAAAUCUCUGGUCUGUCUGGUGGUCAGAAGGUCAAGGUUGUGCUGGCUGGUGCUAUGUGGAACAACCCCCACUUGCUGGUUCUUGACGAGCCUACCAACUUCUUGGAUCGUGACUCCCUCGGUGGUCUCGCCGUGGCCAUCCGUGACUUCAAGGGUGGUGUUGUUAUGAUUUCUCACAACGAAGAGUUUGUGGGUGCGCUCUGCCCCGAGCAGCUGCACAUUGCCGACGGUCGUGUUGUUAGCCGUACCAACAAUGCUAUCAGCCUUGACCGCUUCGAGGACAGUGCUACCAACACUCCUUCCGGCCCCGGCACUCCUAUCAAUGCCUCCACCACCACCAGCGCCGCUCAGUCUGCCGUCAACUCUGGUGCUGAAGAUACAGGAGAUCUCAAGUUCCGUGCCAAGAAGAAGAAGAAGAUGACCCGCGCUCAGCAGAAGGAUCGCGAGGUCCGUCGUCGUCUGCGUCACAUUGAAUGGCUUAACUCCCCCAAGGGAACCCCUAAGCCCGUUGACAGCGACGAUGAGUAG